UGAUGUGGAACGUUUGGUGGCCCUGGCAAGCACCACCACUGUCACCACCUUCCAGUUAUCCUCCAACAGUGACACCAACAACACCUCCUCCUCCUCCUCCUUCAGCCUCCACACCGCCACCCCCCAGCCUGCCUCUGCCUCCUGUCAUCCCGCACAUAAUCUGGUAGUGAUGGUGUGGCUCCUUGCCUCUAUACUCAAUGGUGUGGGCAGUUCCGUCAUCUUUACCAUAGGAAUACCAUACCUGGACGAUGCCAUCAACAAACAUGACUCACCACUCUAUCUCGCUGUCAUCAUCUCCACGGGUGUGUUUAGUCCUCUGGUCGGCCUCUCUCUGUCAGCCCUUACCUUCAACAUUCACGUCUACCCGGGCCACUAUCCAGGUAUGGGUGUCGGGGAGCAGGGCUGGGUAGGAGCUUGGUGGAUUGGUCAGCUUGGGUUUGCUUUGGUGAUGCUGACCUUAGGCUGCGUCCUACUCACGUAUCCCAGGACACUAGGGAAGGCGACCACCGACACACAACACAGGCCAAGGAGCAGGAUGACCACGACCACAGACAUAGAUGUGACGGUGGCAGAGAUGGUGAGUACAUCAGUGGUGCCUUGUGACCCCCCGCCACACACCACCCACACACACUACCCCCCUCCAGCCCCAAGCAAUAAUAAUGAUGAAGCACCUGAAGUCACAGACGAGGAGUAUAGUAUAGAGGAGAUAGAUCCUGUAGGAGGGUACGCGAUGGAUGAGAGAGACAGCGGGUACUCCAUGGAAGAACUGGAGAACGGGGACGUGAGUGACGAGAGGCUCAGUCACUGUGUGGUGGAGGAAGGCAGCACACACACCCAACACAGGACCUUGGACCAGGAUGUACCCAACAACACUGACGUCAAGUCGAAGGAAAUUAUAUUUGGACUCAAAGAGGUGUGGUCGACCCUUGUGAGACUGUUGAGGAACAAGGUGGUUGUGUACACCGUCUGCAGUGACUUCUUCCUGGUGCUGGCCACCUCCGCUGUCGUUGUUUGGCUGCCCAAGUACAUCCAUCAUCAGUUCAGGGUCACCCAGACUAACUCCUCCUUCUACACCGGUAUCUGUGGGACAUCUUCAGCCAUCGUGGGUGUAGGUGUGGGCGGGGUGUGGGUGAGGCGGUGCCGCCCGCGAGCCAAGACACUAGCCCUGGUGAUGGCUGCUUGUAUGGCUCUCCAGGCCGCUUGCCUCCUACCACUGACCUUUGUGUCCUGUGGCUUCGAUGAUGAUCACCCGGGUGUGUUGACCCCUGACCUCAGAAGUAUAGAGCUUCACCGUGGGUGUAGUGAGGGGUGUAGGUGUGUAGCCGCCAAAGUAUCACCAGUGUGUGUACAGGACGGACCCAUCACACUCUCCUAUUACUCCCCAUGUCAUGCUGGGUGUCCUCCUCCUUCCCCUCACACCAUCACCCACCGUAACACCUUCGUAAACUGCACGUGUGGGAGCGCAGCGGCUAAGGUGAGUGAGGGAUACUGUCGCCACACCUGCCCCUCCUUCAUGCUGUACAACGUGGUCACCUGUAUCACCAAGUCCCUCCUCCCAGCGGUGGUCAUCGGCAGCCUCCUCAUCACCCUCAGGUGUGUAGCCAUGCAGGACAAGCCAGCCGUAUUAGGUAUUAAGAGCACAGUCAUGUCCCUGGCAGCCAUGACCAGUCCAUUUGUGGUGGACACUAUAAUGGAUUCCUCUUGUCUGAUGUGGGAGGUAGCAUGUGGCGCCCAGACCUCCUGUUCCCUCUACAACACCACUGACUUCAGGUACAAAUUCCACGGACUGGCCUGCGUAGUCUUCGUUCUAAGUACCUUCUUCACCCUGCUGGUCUCAAAACAGGUUAAACAUCUCGAACUCUUGGAGGAGACACAUUACAACUUGCCGUCUUUCUCUUUCUUUGACGGUGGAACGAGAAACAGUCCAACCAUCAGGAGAAGUUUCCGUAAAAUGUCGAGGCUAGCGGCAGGUAGAAGGUCCUCUGGUAAAUGGAAGGUCCCCACGAUGAACCACACUCACACAGGAGAUGACGGUAGAGAUAGGGAGCUUACACAACAAGAAAAGGGUGUGAGAGAUGAAGGAAGUGUGAGAGAUGAAGGAAGUGUGAGAGAUGAAGGAAGUAUGAGAGAUGGUGUGAGAGAUGAAGGAAGUAUGAGAGAUGAAGAGGUCCAGAACGUAGAGCCUGUGAUCAUGUAUUCUAUUCUGCCGUCGAUGGUGAUGAAGACUACAGGUGUAUAGUUGUCUGAAAUGGACACAACAGAAAUUAGAAUAAGAUUUUUUUUUUACAACCAAAGAUGUAUAAUGACC